GUUGUCCCCCCUUCUAUCUUUCCUUAUCCCCUCCCUCGCUGCUCUCUCUUCUUUCGGACAAGCUCACCUUCACGUCUGACUCAAUGGCGACUCCGCUCUCUUCCGCCUUUCACGCCUCUUAUCUCCCGCCACCCUCACCAUCCUCUUCUCCUGCUUCUUCCUCCGCUCUCUGUCUGCCCACUUCAUCUCCUCACUUUCUGAGGCAAGCCACAAAGUCCAUUGCCUUCUUUAGCCCAUCUGAAAUACUCAGAUGCGUUGCUAUUUCACCCAGAACCAGAAGGAAACGUGCAGGUUCACUCCUUGUUCGUGUGUCCUGGGACGGACCCCUCGCUUCGGUCAAACUGAUCACACAGGCCAAAAAUGUUGAGUUGACGGAUACGGUAAAGCAGCAUGUGGAGGAGAAGGUGGGGAAGGCAGUUCAGAACCAUAGUCACCUGGUUAGGGAGGUGGAUGUGAGGCUAUCCGUCCGAGGAGGAGGAGAAUUCGGGAAAGGACCCCUCACCAAAAGAUGUGAGGUAACUUUGUUCACGAAGAGGCAUGGAGUGGUGAGGGCCGAGGAAGAAGCAGAGACUCUGUAUGGGAGUAUAGAUUUGGUAUCCUCGAUCAUUCAGAGAAAGCUGAGGAAGAUAAAGGAAAAGGAAUCAGAUCGUGGUCGCCACAUGAAGGGCUUCAACAGGUUGAAAGUCAGAGAGCCUGUAACUCCUUUGCCCAUCGAUGACACGGAGCCAGAGGCAGAGACAGACACGCCUCCCCAGCAGGAUGAACAGUUCAUUGAUGAGAUUGUCCGCACAAAAUACUUUGAGAUGCCGCCGUUGACUGUAAGCGAAGCUAUUGAGCAGCUGGAAAAUGUUGAUCAUGACUUCUAUGGUUUUCGAAAUGAAGACACUGGGGAGAUAAAUAUAGUGUACAGAAGGAAAGAAGGAGGUUAUGGACUCAUAAUACCUAAAGGAGACGGCAAGGCGGAGAAAUUGGAGCCUGUGGUGGUUGAAGCAGCAAGAGAACCCUCCCGCUCAGAAUGAUUUGCGCUUGGGAAAACUUUUUGAAAGAACGGUAGAGCUUGUAUAUGAUUUGCGGAUACCAAAUGGUUAUAUCUCUGAUCUGAGCAAAGGCAACUGCUACUUAAGUUUCGGUUCUGUCGAGUGUGAACCGAGUUUUCAAAUAUGGUGUGAUCUUCGAUCGCUUGAUAUUACAAAAUGAGAGGGGCGCCAUUUUGUGGUCAUCCCAUGAUGUUGAUAAUUGAACUUCACGUCACUGCUGCAAGUAUUCUGCAGAAUGUUGGAUCCAUUUCCCCUUCGUUAGAAAUUAGGGAGUUCAAACGGUAACACGGUGAAUUUGUGUAUGAAGUGCGUAAUAAAAUUUAAUGAGUUAGCC